UUAGACAAUGUGAAGAAGCGCUCGUUAUGUUUCGCUGCUCUUCCCGGUAACGGCGAGUCCCGCUCAGUUUGAGAAGCAAAGCCUCCAAGCUGGGGUUUAAAUGUCCACAAUUCCUCUGCUGUUGAAUCAGAGCUGCUUGUAUACCACGUGUAACAACAUUGUAUGUAAAACGUUGCGUCAGUUUUCGUUGGGUCAUUGGAGGACGCUCGUUCAGACAGUCUGACGGUGGCUCAUUAAAAGCGAACACACCCUCCCCUCUUGUGCGUUCCUUUCGCACAAAUCUCGCGAUGAUUGCUGAGCGGUGGCGUUGUUCGGGCGAGUCGACGACGAGACCAUAGCUGUCUGGAAAUCUGUUUUUCAAGCCAGACAGUAACGAAUUCUUCAUUUGAGAUAUUUAUUUUUGUCCGACAUUUCAAUCGCACCAGGCUCUAACACACACGACAGUCAGUUUUCAGAAUUUGGCUGGAGAAUGGCUGCCGCUGAGGUGAACGGUAGUUCUGCUCCGUUAAAGGAGGAAGAAGAGCCCAUGGAUGUGACAGCCCAACACACAGAUGACUACCAGACACUCGUUGAUGCUGGGCUGACGCAGAAAGUGGCUGAAAGUCUUGACAACAUCUUCCAGACAGGCCUGGUUGCGUAUUCUGAUCUGGAUGAAAGGGCCAUUGAUGCAUUAAGGGAGUUCAACGAGGAGGGAGCACUCACUGUGCUGCAGCAAUUCAGAGAGAGCGAUCUGUCCCACGUACAGAACAAAAGUGCUUUCCUUUGUGGAGUCAUGAAGACCUAUAGACAGAGAGAAAAACAAGGCAGUAAAGUACAAGAAUCCACCAAGGGCCCAGAUGAGGCGAAAAUUAAGGCUCUACUGGACCGAACAGGAUACACCUUAGAUGUCACAACAGGGCAGCGAAAAUAUGGCGGUCCCCCACCUGAGGAUAUUUUCAAAGGAGUGCAACCAGGGAUUGGAACUGAGGUGUUUGUUGGAAAAAUCCCCAGAGAUUUGUAUGAAGAUGAGCUUGUGCCUCUCUUUGAGUCUGCUGGAACAAUCUGGGACCUCAGGUUAAUGAUGGAUCCUUUCUCUGGUCAGAAUAGAGGUUAUGCCUUCAUUACAUACUGCAAUAAGGACGAUGCACAAAAGGCUGUGAAGCUUUGUGAUAACCAUGAAAUCCGCCCUGGCAAGUAUUUGGGAGUGUGCAUAUCUGUUGCAAACAAUCGACUGUUUGUCGGAUCAAUUCCAAAGAACAAGACCAGAGAAAGUAUAUUGGAAGACUUUGGCAAACUUACAGAUGGUCUCCAGGAGGUGAUACUGUACCACCAGCCCGAUGACAAGAAGAAGAACCGUGGCUUCUGUUUCUUGGAGUAUGAGGACCACAAGUCUGCAGCACAGGCUCGCCGUCGCUUAAUGAGUGGCAAGAUCAAGGUUUGGGGGAAUCCAGUCACUGUGGAGUGGGCUGACCCUGUUGCUGAACCAGACCCAGAGGUCAUGGCCAAGGUGAAGGUGCUCUUCGUCAGGAAGCUGGCCACAGCUGUGACUGAAGAGCUCCUUGAAAAGACCUUCUCCCAGUUUGGAAAACUGGAGAGGGUAAAGAAACUUAAAGAUUAUGCUUUUGUUCAUUUUGAAGAAAGGGAUGCUGCUGUAAAGGCAAUGGAUGAAAUGAAUGGGAAGGAGCUAGGAGGAGAGGAAAUUGAAAUUGUUUUGGCAAAGCCCCCAGACAAGAAGCGAAAAGAGCGCCAAGCAGCUCGGCAGACUACCAGGAGUUCAGGGUAUGAUGACUACUACUACUACCCACCUCCACGCAUGCCACCACUAGGCCGAGGAAGGGGUCGUGGUGGCAGAGGGGGUUAUGCCUACCCACCAGAUUACUAUGGAUAUGAAGACUACUAUGAUGACUAUUAUGGCUACGACUAUCAUGACUACCGUGGUGGCUACGAAGACCCUUACUACGGCUACGAAGAUGUGUACAGCAUGAGGGGCCGUGGUACCCGUCCGAGCAGGGGAGGGCCACCUCCACCUAGGGCUCGCGGAGCACCACCAGUACGAGGCCGGGGAGGGUACGCCCAAAGAGGGCCACCCCUUGGCGGUCCGAGAGGUGGCCGAGGUGGUCGUGGAGCCCCUUUCCAGCCGCCGAGAGGCCGCGGUCCUCGUGGCGCCAGAGGCAACCGCGGGGGAAAUGUCGGCGGGAAAAGGAAGGCAGAUGUGUUUAACCAGCCUGACUCCAAGCGCCGCCAGACCAACAACCAACAGAAUUGGGGGUCCCAGCCCAUCGCCCAGCAGCCCCUGCAGCAAGGGGCCGACUAUUCCGGUGGAGAAGCAUUGAGGGCGGCACCACUAGAAUGAGGAACUCACCUGAACGGUACUCAAGGGUGAGCUAGCCUUGCACAGAGUACUGUCUCCUCUCCUGUAGCUAAUUUUAACCACUGGAGAAACACUAGCCAUAAUCCUACUCUGUCCUUUUUGUUGUUUAACUACUUAUGUUCUGUACUGCAAAUCAAAGCCUAUUAAUUUAGUAGUUUUUUUUUUCCUGGUAAUGUGAAAUGCAACUCACUAAAGUUGACAGAAGAAUCAUUGGAAACAUUGAAGUGAUUGCUACCUGAAUGUUUUUGGGAUAAAAGUCCACAAGAAGAAUGCACAUAUUUCUCCUUAAGGCAUAUUAAAAAUCAAGGACAAUAUUGAGAGCCAUAUGACUGUUAAAGACUGGAUUUAGCAACCAGAAGUCAGACAGGCAAAUAAUUGGUAAGCGUUAUAAACCCUGCAAGCACCUGUUGCCUGUCUUGGCUUACUGGACCAAAAUCACCUAAGCUGUCUGCAUACAUUCUGUCAAUGAAGGGGUGGGUGUGGACACUACCUCUCCUGUACCGCUAGAGGGUGCAGAUCAUCAACAGCACGAAUCGUGCGCCAUUGUUCCUACAUCCAAUGCAGCAUUUAUUGGCCAUUUUCAGAGCUGUUAAUGUGUUGAUUGAUAGGUAAAUGUUAAUGUAAGGAGUUGUUUUUAAAAUGUACUCAGGUUGCAGCAGGGACACUGGCUUCAAUGUUGGUGAAAUUGGCAGAUUUUGGAACAAUGGAUAUGCUUCGAAAUUUUGUACUUACCCUUAAACACCACAAGAUGGCAGUAAGAAGGCUGCAUUAUUUAUGUUACACAGGUAAGAGUGGAAUGUAGGGACCACAUUAGCUAAUUGUAUCAUUUCACACACAGUUUGUUUUUGAAGUGCCAUCAAAAGCUAGAACUCAUGCCAGAACUGUCUUUAUAUGUUGCCUCUUGUCACCAGGCAGUAAAGGAGCUGCCCCCCCAUCCAUGUGAAUGAGUUCACACAAAUGGAAGGGACAGAUUGGUAAGAUUGUUCACUCUGAACUCAUUCUCAGAUAUGCUGGUCAUGUUUAUUUUUGUUAUAUUUUUAAACUGUUCGGUGUCCUUGUUUUCUAUGUAUGGCCUAUUACAUCCCAGAGUAAGUUUUGCAAGUUGAUUUUUCAGAAUACUUCUAACCAUUGUGUCACAAAAUUGGCGUAUAUCCUUUUCAAAUAUAAUGUGUAAUUUGCUGACACAAAGAGAGUGAGUAAGAUUCGUUCUGUGUGGCCCUUUUCUAGCUCUGAGUCUGAAGAUGACUCUCCUCAAGGUGCAUGUGAGACCUAUCACUGUGAAUCAUCCUUCAGACUGAUCUGAAGGUAUUCUUGAGGUCCAGCACCCGUGCUAACUCAAAGUGGCUUCCUGAGAGUCGGAGAGGAUACAGCUGAUGUGCACGGUCCAGAGCUCCGUCCAGCAGACUGCUGCUUCCUCAUCCAGCUAAAGAUCAUUACUGUAAAGCAGGCGUGUCCAAAGUCCAGCCCGUGGGCCAAUCACAGCCCUCUGUAAGAUUUUGUACGGCCUGCAGCUUCGGAUUUAGAAUGUGUUAUUAAUGUCCAGGGACGGACUGGGACAGAAAAUCGGCCCCAGUCACGUGUCAUCUCCAUUAGCGCAGCUGGUAAGGAGUUGUGCCUUAAAACCAGAGUUGUGGGUUCACAACCCAGCUGUGACAAAAGGAUACCUGAAUUCACCUCCUAUUAUGUUAUCUGACUUCAUUUGUUCACUCCUGCAUGGCUUAGAUUUGGUUACAUUGUCAUUUAAAAAUGAUCAUUGAAAAUUAUUAUAAAACAGUGCUUUUGUUUGUAACUUUUUAUGGUUAAAAAAGGUCUGAAGGAUCCAUUGGCCCCCGGAAUCUUCACACCAAAAAGUUUGGACACCCCUGCUGUAAAGGGACAUCUACUCACUUUCUUGAUUGUUCAAUAUAUUUUUUUCACCAAGUAAACCUGUGUUUGUGUGUGUGCAUAUUUACA